CAAAAACACAAAAUGGCAGCCGCGGAGAGCGAGUUACCUGUUGUGAUUCUUGGAGCUGGAAUAAGCGGUAAUGUAUUUUUCGCGAAAGGCGAAGAGGGGCUUCAGACUUCGAGCUAAAUAUUCGUAAUUUUAGAUUUCAGACUUUAACCUUCAGACUUUCUACCUGAAAGCAAUCGUUGGGAUCAUAAAUUUGGGAGGAUUUUCAUUUCAACAGCUGAUUUUUAUGGGAUGGUAUCAAGGCGUAUUGUUCGUGCUCGUGCUCAAUACUGUUCAAGAAAUAACACACUGUUAGAUAAGGAAGCAUUCCCGUAGAUGAUAGAUAAUUAAUAAUUAAUUUAUUCGAGGUCGUAAUAUUGCUUUGCGUAUUGUUCCUAAUUUGAUCGACAAGAUGAGGUUGGAUUUUGAUACCCACACCACCGCCCCCUUCCCCCUUCCAUAAAUGUAGGUGCUGCUACUUGGAAUGAUUUAUCUCCAAGAGUGUUCUUGGUCCUAACCAGUGGUCGCUUUAACAACAGUUCCUUGCUCAAAUGCAGGUUAUACCGUGUCUGUUAUUUAAUCUUGAUUAAGUUACAAAUAACCAUAAAUUGCCUUAAAACUUAGGAUCAAUAUUUUAUACUCAAUUCUCCUUGAAAAAAACCUUCUGCAGUUCGACUCUCAUAAGGCACCACCUCCUGUAAAUGACCACUAACUCUUUGCAUUUUAAGUGGUCGCCUAUGGAAAGUAAUUUGACAGUACUCUGCAAAAUUAUUCCAAAGAAGUCUGAUGUCGAAAGUCUGAAGUUUGAACCUCUAAAUUUUUAAAGUUUCCUCAGUCCCUCUUGCUUGUUUGAUUGACCUUUACUUCUGUCAAGUUAUUUUUAUUUACAUUGUGAGAUUUCUUGUAGGUCUGUUUGCAGCCAGAGUGCUUCAGAAGGAAUACGGAAUUGAUGUUGUAAUCCUUGAAGCAAGAGAUAGAACAGGAGGAAGAACUUUAACUCAGACUGUGAGUAAGAUCAGCCGAAUCUGACUUAAAUAAAUACCGUAAAAUUCCGAAAAUAAGCCCCUCCAUGUAUAAGCCCCACCAAAUAUAUGACCCCAAAAUCGUAACGCAAAAAGACCCUCUGUUAAAUCGCCCCUCCAAAUAUCCGGGGGUGGGGGGGGGGGGGGUUUGAUGUGGGGUGUGUGUUUUGAACACAAUGAAAAUAAAGCCAAAAAUGGAAAUUUUUUUUCCUCAAAUGUUAAGAUACUCCCGCGAAUUUCGUUUCACUUUUGAUUCUUCUAUUCUUUGUCCAAAGCAAAAAAUAGAAAGAAGGAAAGCAAAUAAAUCCCACAAAUGAAAAAAACAAUCCUAAAUCAGAUAAAUAAAAUACUAUAAAGAACCAAAUAGUGCCACCCCCUAGGAAUCACCCCUCCAAAAAUAUUACCCCAAAACCAAAACCCAAAAAGACCCCUGGGGAAAGCGCCCGACAGGAAGUGGGGGGGGGGGGGGGGGGGGCUUGUACUUGGAAUUUGCCCUUGAAUACAAAGUAAAACAAAGCAAAAAUGGUGAAUUUCCUUUCCACUACAAGCUAGCCCAACCGAUUUUAUAACGCAAAUAUCCCUCUGUCUAUAAGCCCCUCCGAAUAUAGGCCCCUCCAAAAAUAAGCCCCUCAAAAAGGGCCUUUGAAAAAUAUAGGCCCUGGGGUUUAUUUUCGGAAUUUUACGGUAUGCUUUCUUGAUCUAGAAUAAUACACAUUUUCUUUCUUUUUCCAACGUAAGUUGUGCAUGAGUUUUCUUCCCUCUUUGACUUUCAUACAUAACACAGUCCACUCCGUGGUCUCACAUAUAAGUCUUUUAUUUCCCCUGGUACAUUUUAUUUUAUUACGGAGGUAUAUAUUUGUCUUCAGGGUAAGACACGGUAGAAAAAAUAAUUUUGUCCAAGGUGCAAAACGUUCAUGUAAAUGUCCUGGAGCUCUAAGCUACAGUGUAGCUUAAAGUCUGUUUUAUAAUAAUUGGCAGGGCUCAAAAUAACUAGUUGUCAAUGGACUAUGCCUGGCAAGAAUGGCGACAUGACUGGCUGAAAGCUCCAGCUGUCUGAGUUUCAUGUUUACCAGUGAUGCAUCCUCUUCUUUCUCUCCUGUAAAUCUUAGAUUUUGCCUCUUUGUAAAAAUAGAAUCAGCUUGCAACAAUGUCUCUGGAAUUUGAAUUUGCCUCCAAUUCCCUGCAGUGGCUCCCUGUCAACUGAGCUGUUAUUUCCACCAAUCGGCAUGAAGCAGAAACGAGCAUGAAUGUAAAGAAACAUUGAAAAACACGUGAAAGAUGGAACUGUUGUCAUAACUAAUAUCAUCUCUACCAAUGAACAUGAUGCACAGACUUUUUCGCUGCAGAUUUUUUUAAUUCCAGAGACACAGUUGCAAGCAGUCCUUCCUUUUCCCAUCAUGCCGCCAGAGUGCCCUGGAGAGCUUGCUCACAGGCUAAGGUUAAAUUUAAGGUUAGCGCUCAAGUUAGUGCUAAUCAGCCUUUGAACAACUGGGCGCAGGAGAAUUUGUAUGUGGAUAUUUGGGAUAGGCUUAAAGGCUAUACUUAAUGCAUGGUUAUAAAAAAGUUUUAUUUAAUGCAUCAUUAUUAUGGAAAACAAUACUGUACUCUGUACAUUUACAGGACCCUAGCUAUGGAUAUUGUGACUUGGGUGGGGCUUAUGUGUGUGAAACUCAGACAAGAUUAUUGAGACUUGCCCAGGAGUUGGGUGUGGAGACAUUCCAAGUCUAUGGCCAGGGAAACACAGUGGAGAAUUACCUGGUAAGUUUUACGUCAGAUAUGAUGAAACAUUCUGCACUUUACCUACUUCCACUUCACCCUUCACUCACCAGCCAAGAAAAUACCUUCAACACUGAGAGUUCAUUUUGUCUUUAUUAACUGAUGUAAUGAUACAAUGAUUAUACUAGCACAUAAUUAGACCUGAAAUUCCUUAACGAGUUGAUAAAGUGUGCAAUUAUUAAAGCCAAUUCUUUGUACUAAACAUUUAUGAUAACUACACUGCUAGCAUAUUAACUAAAUCCAACUGAAUGAGGUACAAUAUACAAGUAAGGAAAACGUUCCUUCAGCAUGGCUGCAGUUGCACCUAAUGAAAUCGGUGUGUGAUUCAUUAAUAGGGGAAAAGAGUGACCAAGCAAGGGGCCCUUCCAUCUAUGGGUUCAUUAUUAGGAGCUCUGGAUGUUAACAACUUCUGGCAGCUCCUAGACAACAUGUGCCGCAAAGUUCCAUUGGAGGACCCUUGGAAUGCUGCUUGUGCAUUAGAGUGGGAUGCCAUGACAGUUCAACAGUUGAUUGAUGAGAAGUGUUGGACGAGGUAAAAGUAAUAUCACAGAGGUUUAAAAAAAGAUAAAAAGUUGUUGAAUGAGCCAAUUACAUGUUAGGUACUCGACUAGAGAUACAUCAUAGCUUCAGUCUUCUUGACAGGUUGGUACAGUGUAGUUGGGACAGUUAAACUAGCAUUUCUGAUGAUUUUUAGACAGUGUGUUUACUUCAAAACUUUCCCUCCACCAUUUUCCCGAAACAAUGUUGUGCCACAAACACCCAAUUUACAAGGCAACAACAUUUAUUUAACAAAGUUUGGUUAGAAGGAGCUGGGGAGGGGAGAUUUUCUUGAUCAAAAAAGAGAAAUUAAUUUAAUUUAUUAAUUUAAUUUAACAUACACACUCAUAAAGAUUUGUCAACACAGUAUUUCAGUUUCACUGAAAUUUAAAUGUACUGUUGUGUAUGCUUAGCAAAUGAGGGUAUUCAAAUGAUAGUGGGUGCCAUUUUCCCAAACUAUUGUACUAGUACAGAUAAUCGCCAGAUAUAUAAGGGGAAAGAAGGUUUAAGUAGGCCCUACUGGUGAGCAAAUUUCCAUCUGUGAAUGUAAUUGAGGUAAAUAAUUAAUAACAAAAUGACUGAAUAUUGAUGGUAAGAUCUGGGACAAGGUGUUGUAAUGUGACCAAUGGAACACAGAGGAAUAAGGAACUCAGACUCUUGUUUCAGAGCCAUAUAAAUCAAUAAUUAUUGUUUUCUUUGAUAAGUCAUAUGUCCCGUUAUUAAUGAAAAUUGUGUGUGUUAAUGAAUUUUGUCAUAUACAUGUGCAUAUCUUCUAAUUAGAGUUGAAAAACCAUUUGUAUUGCCACAUAGAUAUGGAAAGGCUGUUGCCACUGCAUAUGUACAGGGAAUUCUUACAUCAGAGCCUUGUAACAUCUCACUGUUGUUUUUCCUGUGGUAUCUACAUUCUGGAGGAGGUGAGCUUAAACACAACUGAACUGUAGAUGCCAAACUUCAUACAAAUUAAAUCCUACAGGUCUCAUGAUCUUGCACCUCCCUGUACUACCUGGCAGACAUUUGGCUCUGUGUUUUCGGUGGCAGAUAAUUGAAAGAUACUGAUGCUGUUUCUCUUUUUCCAUGCAGGCAUAAAACGUAACAUUGAAUUUAAAGGUGGUGGCGCUCAGGUUUGUAGUAAACUACUUGAAAAUCUUAUUACAAAAGGCUUGUACUAUUAAUUCAGUAUUUAACGGAAUUUUUUGUGUCUACUUAAUAAAUUAAAGUAUUCAUUGAUUUUGAACAAACUAGGAAAUGAAAUUCUGUGGAGGCUCUCAAACUAUCAGCAUUAAAAUGGCCCAAGAGCUUGGUGGUAAGUUUGAAGUAGUGUUGGUGUGAAUUAAUUUUAAAUUGUUAAAUGCCCUUCCUAAGCUGUGUGGCAGGAGUUCAAAGUGGAAAGAACCUUUUUUUGCCUCAAUAUUGAUAUACAGAUUCUCCUCACUGAUCCGUGUACAGUCCUUUAAAGAAAUAGUUGAGAGAGAAUUUGGAGAAAAGAUUAAAGCAUUAUUCCUUUGGUGAUCAACUUCUCUCGUGAUGAUCUGUAGAAAUUGUUAGGAGAAAAUUAAUGUUGGUCACUCUUAGGACUAUCGCUAGAACACGAUAGGCUCUCCUCCUUCACACGCCCUUUUGGUACUUGUGCCGCGUAAUUUCUCCUAAUCCUUGCCCCUAAAACUAUAUAGUGUUUGCGUCGCUAAAGAGCCAGCCUGAACGUGUCAAAAUCGGCAGUAGUCUGCCACACGUAGCCUCCUAAAAUAUUGGGGACAGCAAGUAAAUCUCUGGCGGAAAUCAAAUUUGUUCUACCUAGAAUCGGCCUUACUGACAUAUCCUUUAGGUAAUGGCCCAUUUAGCCCCGUCCCCAGGUCAUUUCGCCUUUUUUUGAGCGUCCCAUGCGAAUUGACCUUAUUCACGAUACGCGCCAUCUUUACACGUGCCUAAGGACUGAUAAAUGAAAUCAGUGUCACGUAGUUUCUAAGGUGCGCUGAAAUACCACGUGACCGGCAUUGCUUUUAUCCCAUUGAUCCUAAAGGGCGUGCAAAAAUGGCGGGUAUCAUGAUUAAGGUCUAUUCUCCCGACGAGGUUGACGCGUGACGUCAAAUCCGAACUCCCUCUGAAGCUAGUGACCAGUACCCUGGGUGCCAGAGACUUUUCUAGCGCGGUUUCCGGUUUCUGUCAAGUUUUUCUCGUGGUCUCACCGCCCGUGGCUUCGGCCUACGCCGAAGAUGUGUCGGCCUUCGGCGAACACCGAAAAUUCCCGCCGCACGCGAGAAAAACCUCUGGUACCCAGGGUAAGUGACUAGUGACCCACAAAAUUACUUGCAUUGAAUUUCAGAUAGAGUUAAGUUGAAGAGUUGCGUUGUUGGAAUCAAAGAAUGUGUAGAUCAUGUAAAAGUCUUAUGUGGUGAUGGAUCUGAAUACAAGGUUUGCAACUUGCCGAAUAUAUUCGACUUCUUAGUUCUUACUCUAGCAGUAAUAGCUCAGUUAGUAGAGCGCUUGACUGCAGAGCGGGAGGUCGCGGGUUCGAUUCCCGAAGCCGGAACAAUACUCAGAGUCUUAAAAUAACUGAGAAAUGAAGGUACUUCCUUUGCCCUGCCAACGCUAGACCUUCGUGUUUCUCGAAUGAGCACAUAAAAUGGCAGUCCGUCUCCAGUAGAAGAUGUCCAAAUUAGUUCUUUCGUGCUAAAUUCAUUGUCACUAAAAAAAAAUGGGAUUUUUUUGUUUUUGUUUUUCUCGUGGAUCGGUUAAAACUCUACAAUCGCUUUCUUUUCUUCUUUUCUAUGCGUGGGCCCUUACCACAUUUAAGUGCUCGCGUUCACGUGUUAAGUUCUCGACAUCUUUUUCCUUUUCGCUCCAGGCAUCAUUUGUUAUAAGCACAAUUCCUCCUGCACUUCUUGGACGAAUCAGUUUCAAUCCUCCACUUCCAGCUCUGAAAAAUCAGGUGAGAAGUUAGGUGAAAGUAUUCGCAACUUUGAGGAUGCGCGGGAGACCUGGUCGAAGUGGUUGUCAAAGUGCAUUGUGGGACUGUUUUAUGGGACGAAUUUUCCGCCAUGUUGAAAAUGCGUCCCCCAAAACAGUCCCAGAAUACACUUUGACAGCCAUCUAGGCUCGGUCUCCCUCACAAGGCUCAAAGUGGCGUGUACGUUCUUAGGCCUGGUCAACACAAAUCCGGACAUUUUUGAAACUCCACUUUUGUUUUACCCGAAUUGUGGAUUGAGUCCUAUUAAAAACUAGAGAGUGGUCAGUUCUUGUUAAUAGUAACUGUCCUUAGAUUAGUGUAAUAUAUAGAUUUAGCCAAGGCUAAAGGCAAAGUUCUCGUAAAUAAAUUGAUAAUUUGCUUCAAACAAUAAACUUGUGACAAUUGCAAUUAAGUCCACUGGGAGUUGAGCCUGCGAUCACUUGAAAACAAGUACUUGUCAGCGAAUAACUUCAAAAAACACGUGACCUCGAUGCGGUCAUGUGAUACUGGUCAGCGAUUACCCUGUUUUGACAGCUGUCAAUUGACCACAAUAUGGAUGUGCAAUUUCAGGUUGCAGGUACCCUUACUAGCUAGAAAGUGUGAGAUUUCACAUUGGCUGUACUGUGGUGCGGAAGAACAGGUGGAAGGGUGGACGGACGGACGGACGGACGUUUGCACAAAAUUUCUUGGAUGGAUAUAACCAAAUUUUCUUUGCAAUGGGGUUCCUGCGCGUGGAGCUCCGCUGUAAUUGAUCUAUUUGUACUAAAAGAUUCUUUGCACUGUUUUGUUGCAAAAACCUUGAUAGUAGUGGCUGCUACUUCAAAUAAUUGAAUUGAAGUUGCUUUCCUUUCACUAUCCAGGCCAUUCAAAGAAUUCCUAUGGGAUCCAUUAUAAAGACUGUUACGUACUAUAAACGGCCAUUCUGGAGAGAAAAAGGUACGACUUGAAGAGAACGAAUAAUUUGAAUUGAAUUUUUUUUGAAAUGGAAAUGCAUCGAAUCUAACAACAACAACAACAACAACAACAUCUUUAUUAUUAUUAUAUCCAACUAGAGAGAAGUUUUGCAUUUCGCGAUGGCUUGUUACAUAACAUACAUAUGUGAUAAGAGGAUGUCUAGUAGCUAAAUUAUCAAAUGUUUACGUGCUAGCUCCUAGCUAUUAUUACAAAUUUAUUUUUUAACACAAUGGUGACAAUCACAGGUAUAAUGGUAGUAAAGAAAGAUCAAAGAAAAUAAAUAAGUAACACACACACUAUACAUUAUUAUGUAGGAAAGAACGAGUAUUGUCAACUUUCUCUAUUCAGUAGAUAUUGUAUUAGUAAGCGUGGGAAGGAGGAAUUUGGGAGGUCUUUCAAAUGAUGAGGAAGAUCUUUCCAGAGGUCAACAGCUAUAGGUUGGAUUGACUGUUUUCCAAUAUUCGUUCUUGUGCGUCGUUUAUCAGAGUUCUUUAUAGGGCAUAUGGUGUAUUAUAAUUAUAUACUUGAUCGGCAAACUGAAGAUAAUUUUGAAAAAUGCUUGGCAACUCCUUUCUGUGCCAUUGUUUUACUAUCGUGCUGUCCAUGACAAAUGGUGCUUAUUCAAGCUACAGCCAGUUGAAAAUAGAUGAGAUACUUAAGCAAAAAAAAAAAAAACACUUUUCUAACCGUUAUGCGCCAAUGAGGAAGAAUAUAUGCUUACGAAUGCAACGGAUUUUCCCCUCCACUGUUGUCAUUUGCAAGUGCAUGAUAUGAUCUUGGGAUCCGCCUUACAACUUUAUUAACGAAGGAGAAAGCAACAAAUCACGUCAAGUUUGUCAAACACCCUUACACCACUGCAGUAGAACCUCUCGUAACAACCACCCAAAGAUUAAGUGGUCGCUUACAAGAAUCGACCGACAGGAGGUAUCUUCCAGAAUCGAAGUGUUCCAAACACAUCUGCAUUUUGGAAGAGAAUUCAUUGCAUGUAAUUUCUAGUUUGCGAUAUAGUUGUUGGUCAAUGUUGUCACUUAAGUUCUUCGCAUACUCUGAUUAGUGAGUCCAUACGGCGAACGUAGAGAGCAAACAUUGCUGCGAGGAGACGCCUAUACAGGAGGAUGAAAAAAAACUGAAUAGAAAAUAUUAAACCCGUCAUUCACAAAAACUGGUCGCGGUCGCUUAUGAGAGUGCAUUAACGUAAGCUAACAACCCCAAUAUGAUUGCCUGAGAGGAUACCAGGGACCUGAGUACAGCGAUGGUGAAGCGUUUUUUUGGGGGAAUAAAAUCUUUAAAAUCUUCAUGAAUGUCCUGUCCAAUCCGGUAGCCGUAGGGGUGAUGAUGAUGAUGAUGAGAGGGGGUCGCUGUAGAGUGAUUAGACUCGAGAAGCUUUGGUGUUUUGGAUUGGCGGUUGCUUAUGUGAGGUGGUCGCUCACGAGAGAUGGUCGCACAUGGAGGUUCGACUGUAUAAGUUUAUAAAGUUUCAGUGUCUCGAGCCUUUUUUGCAACUGGUUGUAAAUUAAAUCGCCUUAUUAGCUUAAUGUCAUCGUCCUUUGAUCGAUGAGCUUUUCGUUCUUCCGGCGUUGUGAUUAUAGUGGAAGACAACAACACUUGCAUGAAGAUCUUUUUAUCGCCUGGCUAACUCAAUUUCAAACUUUCAGCUUGCGGUCCGGUCCGACUUUCGGUGCGCAGAACACUUUUAUAUUCAAGAUAUCUACUGCUUCCUUUUCACGGUUUUUUAUCACUGGCAAAUAGCCUGUGGUGAUGGUGAAUCGAACCUUCACUUUUUCAGUUGAAUUUUAGUGAUAUGUAUAACUCAUUUAUAAUUUCAACCUAUUUUUCAGUCUUAAUUAUAACUUUCUGUAAACGCAUCGACAUUAUUCUGGAUGCGUUUUAAGUACCCUAUUAGCUAGUGUGAUUGGCUUCUUUUUAAAGUACAUUUUCUUUCUCUUCAAGGUCUCGCUGGUUAUUUUAAUUCCGACGAAGGCCCAGUGGAAGAGGGAUAUGAUGAUACGAAGCCAGAUGGCUCACAUCCAGCUAUUAUGGGGUACAGUUUCCAUCGUUUAGCCCUUCAAGUUGUAUGGUUUGCCUUUUUAGAUUAGCCGGCGAACAUUCUAUUAUUUUUAGGAAGGAGAAAAUCCUUUCGAGUCGUCUGUUUCCCUGAGUAAAAACGUCUUUUCUCUUUAUUCUUGGCUUGCACUGUCACGCAAUGAAAAAUAAAAAUGCAAACCAUUCAAUACAGAAGGACUAGAAUCUGGGAAAUAAAAAAAGAUAAAUAUACAAAAACCCUUGCCAAGAAUCAGGUCUGUGAAAUAUUUCAAAUGCGAGAUAUUGGGAAAAACGGUUUACCUAAAUUUAUAGAGCUUUGUAUGGAAACGCCAUGUUGGUGUCCCUUUCAGGAACACCAAUAUGGCCGCCGGAUACCAACAGAAACAUCUGUUUUCGAGUUUUCCUACUAAUGCGUGAAUUCUUCGCUUGAAGAACUCAUACAGAUUACAGUAAUAUUAAUUCUGAGACAAGGAACGUUUAGAUUGCAAAAUCUCCCAUAAUCGGUCAUGUUUUUAACCCACGUAAGAGCUUUCCCGGCCGCCAGCUAAAUGCCGCGUCAGGCAAAAGCCUGGAAAUUCAAGCGUCCUCUCUCGCAAAACGAAGAACCCUUUCGAACCAAAAAUUAUUUUAUGUAAAGGUGUUUAGGUACUGUAAUACCUCGUGAAAGUAGAAACUCAGAAGAAUCGAUAGUUUCUUAGUUUGAUUUUUGGUGACGUCACGUGCAACCCAAGAAUUCUUUUGGCUUAAAAUUCUCCAUCACAUGACCACAGAAUACGAUGAAGAUGUGUAGAAAUACACUGUUCACAGGCCUAUUGUUGAAAGACUUUUCUGACGGGGACUAGCUGAAGCCUUUCUACAAACCGAUACAACUUCUUUGACUCAGGACUUUUAUUUGUUUGUUGAUUGUGAGUUACAAUUCUCUCUCUAUUCUCUAUUCACACUCUCGUAAGUCCCAGAAAACCAUCUGCUAAGUGUAAACUAAUGCUGACGUAAGUCUAAUUUUUAGGUUAACCGGCCAAUACGAAACAAGGAGAACAAUAUAAAAAACUACAAAGUAUCUAGUCGUACUCAAACUUUUAUUAACAACAGAUAUAGGAAAGUACUAAAAUUACAAUUUGAAAAUCUUAGGUUGUUGUUGAUUUACAGAAGGUGUUAAACUUCUUCAUCGAAGAUGAUUGGCUAAAACGUUUUCAUAAAUUAACCACGGACGUGAUCGCAAAACUCAGAGGGUAAAUUAAAAUGCAGUCCAAAGUACAAGGCAGAAUUUUGAACAAUAGUUGUUUAACCACAAAAACACCUAUAAAAUCACUUAAAUCUAAUUAAAGUUAUCCACUGCCAUGAAUUCGGUCAAAAACUCAAAGAAACACGCUUAAAUUGGUAAAAACAAGUAAGGUAGUCAUUUCCUGGUAAAUAUCGACGGAACACCAGAUUAAAGGUCAAAAAUGUUAAACUGAACAAAAUAUAUCAAAGGCUCUAAUUAAACAUAUUUCAUGAACAGAAGUGUUACCGCGGAGAUGCACUAAAUUGGUACAUCUCCUUAAAUCCUUUGCACCGAAUUCAUGUCAGGAGAAACUUUCUAUCGAUGAUCAAUUAACUUAAAAACCAAAACUAUUAGUAGUGAAAUAGCUUACUCAAAUCAAUCAACAAGAACGCUUACAACAACCCCACUACAAACGUAUAUCAACUUCGAUCAACAUUUUCCUUCAGCAAGACCAAGGAGAAUGAAUCAACAGAAAUCAUUUUCUCAUUUCGGGAGAGGAUGUCAUUUGAUCAGUGUUAAUGCGUAGGAGUUGAACACCAAGUAAAAUAAGUCAGUGUUUUUUUAUGAUAUUUCCCUUCACCUGUAGAUAUUUCCGAAUCGAAUGAAUUUUGUAAUAAGUCCCAAACACCAAAUAAAAUUCCUUUAAUUAUUUUAAAUCAAACACAUGCGCACUUCGAACAUUUUUCGUCGCUUCCAUUUUUAUUAUUUAAUACUAUGAGCGGCUAAUUCCUUUAAAAAUAAGGCUCGUUUAACAGCCCGCUGUUCGGGGAUAUGAGCCCGCGCUUUUCUCAGGAAGGAACAAGGUCGAGUCUACUUCGCGUUGGAGAUCAACUAAAAAUUCAUGUUUGAGAUUAGAGAAAGACGUGGAAAUAUAAUUUAAGCGUUUUUAUUAUUACUAUUUUAAUAUUCUCUGGCUGGCGCAGCCGUUUUGGUGUCGUUACGCAAAACUACUCUGAUCGUUGCGUGAAGAGAUAAAGGCGGCUGCAUAGGAGACUAAUUUUUGACCAAAAGGUGAAAGAAAAAUGAGAAGGGGAAGUCGUAAAAGGGAAGAUAGAGGAAAGUAACACCGGUUACAAUAAUCAGUUCCCCUUCUCCUCUUUUCCCCCUCUCUUCGCAAUUUCUCAACACCCCCCGCCCCCCUUCUUUCGCAUUUACGCCUGGGUGGGUAUAUUGCCUUCAUAACACGCUCAGUUUGUUAUUAUUUUAUAGAUUUAUUUUGGCAGAUCGAGCACGGCAGUUGACUACUUUAACAAAACAAGAAAGGUACGCCAGUGCUUUUUUUUCCCUGACACUCUGCUCGUUAGGAAAUGUUGAAUAACGUACUUAUUUUUCAUUUUAACAGACAAAAACUUGUUUGUGAACAAUAUGCGACUAUUUACGACACAGACGAAGCCCUAGAGGUAAAAUUUAGUACCUUAAGUCAGCUUUCUAAAUAGUUACUCAACCUUUAUCUCUGGUUUGAUUGUUAACUAAUUUUCCCCCUAUCCUGCUAGCAGAGACUUUCUUUCGCCUGCUCGAUUUUGGCGGCGCACUCGAGAAAGACUUUGCUUGAAUCGAGUAAGGAGUUUGUUGAAAAUGUGCUGCUUGUUGCUGAGAUACAGUCACGAACUGAGGCCUAAUAGCUGUGCACUUGGUGCAGCGUGCAACUUGUUUUGCAACAGAGCUGUAAAACGAGUUGAAAAGCAAUUUUUUGCCUUUUACCAACUGUCUUGCAAUAAAUCAGGCUGUUGCAAGUUGGGUUAAUGCUGACUUGCGAUUGGAUAAAAUUACGCGGCAGUCACGCCAUGUACGGGAGUUACGUCACUUUCUGCAAAAUAAUUUUGCCGUGAGCCGGAAAACGCGCAACGUGUACAGAUUUUGUCGCAAAGUAGAACUAAACUCUACUCUCUGCAAUAACUUUUCCGCGCACCCUGCAACUGAACAACUCGAUUUGUUGCAUGACAGGUUUGGUUCGUGGGUGGUAAACGCGCAACAUCGCUAUUCAACCCGCUUUGCAGCAACGUUACAAAACAAGUUGCACGUUUUUGCUGUCCGUUUUACCGUACUUUUAAAGCUGGAGAAAAUGGCCCAAGAUUUUUCACCCUAUUCGAAGACGAAAAAAGCCAACAGAGACGAGCGACGAGGCAAAUAACGGCUGUAUAGUAGAGUAUUUGAUUAUGUUUAUUCUUUUCCUCAGCCCGUCUUGUAUCUUGAAAAGAACUGGAUGGCGGAUGAGUUUGCAGGUGGUUGCUAUGUGGGAACGUUUCCACCUGGCGUUUUAUCGAACUUCGGAAAGUAAGUGACCUUUCAUCGGUAUUAAAAACCAGUAUAAAGACCAGUUUUCAGCCAGUGAAUGAAACGAUCAAAACAUGGACUUUUCGUUUUCCAGCCAAAGAAAACCUUAAUAUGGAGAAAGCAUAGUUCGAUUGGCCAAUCGUGUUGCAGUAUGACGUCAAAGCGAAGUAUCGAUUGAUUUCUAGAAAGUUCUCGGGCAUGAGGUUUUUUCACCCAAGCGUUCGCUUAACCAAUCAAAAGCGCAACCAUGCGUAUUGUAUCCGUUCGAUAAACCAAUCAAAUCGCUCUAUUUCUUUUCGUUUGUUGUUUCUGUUUUGUUCGCGCGUUUUCAUUUCAAGGUCAUACGAAAAUCGCUCUAACAACUUGUUCCAGUUCUGUGCCGUUGCUGUUCAUACUUUACCAGAUAGCUCUUGAUAUUGGCACAAAAAGCUAUCCGGUUAGUGUAAUCACAGCCGAAGCCACAGCGUUCAGUCUGUUAAAGCAAUUUGCUUACUGUUCUCUUCAGCUGUCCUUUGUUGGUCUCUGUUUCAGAGCGUUACGUGUCCCGUUUGGUCGAGUUCAUUUUGCUGGUACCAUUACAGCGUCACUUUGGGCUGGUUACAUGGAGGGGGCUGUUGAAUCCGGAGAACGAGCGGCGUUAGAGGUGAGUAUUGCUCGAUGAAACAAUCCUUUAAGUGUCGCAGAUUUGAUAACUUGAACCGUGAAGGGAAGUACAGACUGUCGCAGUUCUAUAGGGAAAUAACUUUUUUUACAAUAAUUGAGCGAUUUCUCCCUCGAUAAGAGUACAGACCAUGGAUAUGACGUGACAGUGACGUGAUGGUGGCGCAAUUUGUUUUCCUCUUAUUUGCGCGCGCGAUUUUCCGAGGAACUUCAACGGAAAUGGAUGUAAAAAGCCGUCGGUCAAUGUUAUUGUAAAAAAACAAAUCGACAACAAUUUUCCAUGGUCUGUGCUCUUAUGAACCAUAGAAAUGACGUGAAAAUGUGCAAAACUUUGCAGUGAAAGCUAGUGAAACCACUUCUUUUGAGUUUUGAACAUUUUGACGUCAUUUCUAUAGUCGAUAGGGUUAUAGACCAUGGGAAAUUGUUGUCGACUUGUUAAUUAGAAGCUUUUUUAGGUUUUGUACUAGUGUAGCUUGCAGGAACUGAGCUCUGUGGUCAAGACCGCGAUACUUAGAGCUCAUUCACGACCUAAUGCAGAAUGCAGACCUUCUAGAAGUUGGGCAAACCUCAGUCGGCAGUGAUGCCGUGACAUUGUCUUCUUUCUCGUGUUUGUGUUUAAUUUUAGGUCCUGAGUAGACUUGGCAUAAUAACAGAGGAUGACGCUAAGAAACGACUUCAUCCUGAGGUAAGUAGCAUCAUGAAAGACCCGAAGGUACAAGAAACUUAGGCACUCAACUUGCUGAUUAUUGCUUAUCGCAUGACCAACUUCUUCGUGACAAGAAACAUAUUUGACCCAGAGAGAACUGGCUUGAGAAAAUUGUCGACUGAAGUUUGCUUUUUAUGAAAAUAGACGGGAAUUUUAAUGAGAUGUGUGUCCAACGCCAGAAAUUCCCUGCAAUUUAGGUAGCGAAGAGUCAAACGUGAUUUAGAGAGAUUAGCACGGGGGUUUUACCCUCCCCCUCCUCCCUGUCUCAUCGCCCAAUACCUCACUAGAGGACCUGUUUACAAAGAGGCCACUUGCCUUCCGUUCUGUCAUCCUGGUGAGUAAGUUCAUAUGGGCCUCUAUCCGCCCUUUGCUUUUUCAUACAUUAUCAAUGAUUUGGCCGGGCUUUCUGAAAAUCUCAAAAAUUCAUUCAUAACAAGUAAAACCAAUCUGUCCUAAUCGCAAAAAAUAGUUUCCUCAAAACACAAAAAAUUGCCAGUCUGCGAAAAUAAACUCCAGCAAAAAUUUCGUGCCACACGGUAGAUCAUUCCCGUAAUGCAAUUGGACACCAAACCCACCCUGUCUCAAGCCCAAAUUCAUGUGACCAAAAAGGAGAGGUUCCAAUUCAGUGCAUGAAAUUCUGCUAACUAAAAAUUCAGAUCUGGUGUCAUCUCCAAUUCACUUUUUAUUUAUUUAUUUAGUUUAUUUAGUUUAUUAUUAUUAUUAUUAUUAUUAUUAUUAUUAUUAUUAUUAUUAUUGUUAUUAUAUUAUUAUUAUUAUUAUUAUUAUUAUUAUUAUUAUUAUUAUUUUAUUUUACUGCAGGGUUUGGAGUCCAAAUUUAUGGAGUUUUCAUUCACAGAGAAGCAUCUUCUUCCCUCAGUUCCAUCCUUUUUGUAUGGUUCUUGUUUACUCGGCGGUGCGGCUGUUCUGACAGUUUUUUGGUGGAAAUAUUUCUCAGAAUAA